AUGGAGGGUCAGACUGUCUCAGAAGUCUGGAACAAGCCUGAAAACCAUGAGACAAAGGAGAUCGUGAUGAAGUCUGCAAAUAUUGGAGAAGCUGUGCGACUGGCGGCUGGGGAAACAGAAGAAACCAUCGAGAAUGUGUUCAUCCAACUACAGAGAAAGGAUGCUAAGGAAGAAGCAAUGCUCACGAAAUUCAUAGCCGUGACAGGAGAGCCAAGCAGCUUAGCCAAGGGAGCUUCAGAAGAUGCUUACACUGCGGUGGACUCGACCCUAAGAAGCACAGAAACCUUCGAGCUAGACGCAUCCAUUAUCUUCGUCGAUCGCAACACUGCAGACACUCCUACACUAACCUGUGCAUGCUCGACCGAAGCAUCCACAUCCGGUAUAUUCAAUCUAAAUCGCCUUGGCGAUGCUCAAACAGUAAGAGAGGUGAAGGAGGCGGCAAAUAUUGGUCCAAGCGUAAAAUUAGACAUGCUAGAAUCGACCCUUGUGUCCGAAAUCGCUACGAUUGUUUUCGAAUGCGAUCAAAGUACAGCCGUCAUUUCAGAGACGAUCCAGGUGCCGAGAGAAGGUGGCAAGUUCCUGCUUUCCACUGGUUCGGCCAAGGAAGAGUCGCUCAAGAUCGAGGUCGAUUGGACGAAACAGCGCGAGGACCAGUUGGAGGCGCUUUGGAAGAAGAUCCUAAGGAACGAGGAAGGACCGUUGGAGUUGUUUGCCUCGGCAACCGAGGAAAGCGCUGCAGGUGUGAGCAGUCAGCUUCAAAAAAGUGCUCAGACAUUUACUGUCACGACAAAGAGAGAUGCUGCCAGGUCAGGCGAGCCAGUUUCCAAAUCCAUCCAGGAGUCCAAGAUUGUUGAAGAAAUCAACAACCUCCAACUGCACAGAGACGAACACCAUCUUGAAAUUGAUAACAUUGUCAAACUUGCUGCCUACGGUGGAAUGGCUGACCUCAAAACUGGCUAUGCCGAAGAGAACCACACUGCUAUCACUCCCCAAAUCGCAAAGGCUGAAGCACUCGCUUCGCAAGAGACGGUGAGACGCAUCCGUCACGAGGAGACUGCGGAGAAGUGGCUGAGCGCCGCUUCGGAAGAGGUCAUCGGCUCUGGUUUCGCCCUUGAUAGCGGUCGUACUUCACAGGAACUCGCUGAGAUCACAAAAACUGCCUCCAACGAUGCUGAGCCAAUCAAGUUUAGCUCCAUGGAAGCUGCAGAAAGCUCAAUUUCAACCAAUUACGCGCUUAGCAGUGAAGCUAAGAGCCUUCUGGAGGAGUCUACUCGCAAAGAGGCAAGAUAUGGCGGUGGAGCAAAUCUUCAGUGCGUGGCUGCUAGCGAGAUCACUCCAGAUACAGUCACUGCCGGCAUUAGAAGAGAAGAUGAAGUGGAAGAAAAGAGCUGGACUGUACAGGUAGCCAGACAGGAAGGCUCAGCCCUCUCAACUAAAGCAGCUUCGGAAGAAAGCAUCACUGCCAACAAGGAUGUACUCUGCACCCGGGUUGCAGUCGAAGAGAUCUCGGCCACUCGUGCCGAAGUACACACUGGCCAGGCCACUGCUCUCGACUCCAGGAGCAGCGAGGAAACAAUCUUCCACCUGAACUACAGCUACGAGAAGCAACCCACGGAAGUU